GAGUGAGGGGAAGGUCACCACCAGUAUAUGAACGAGACGACAAAGGCCAAGCAGUUAGUUUGCUUGACGCUUCGGCAUAGAGAACAUCAACGUUAAAAAUGCGCGUGAUCGUCCUAGCACUGAUGGUGGCGGCGUCCUCAGCAUGCCGUUACUACUGCAGGACUCCUGAGGACGUGGCUUACUGUUGUGAUGGCGGGAAAGACUACAGACAUCCUGAAACCCACGACGGCGACUGCCCUGAAGUUCGCAGCUCCUGCCCGCGCUUCGGCACAAACCGGCCUGACGUGUGCCCUCACGACGGCGCCUGCGCACCCCACUCCAAGUGCUGCUUCGACGUCUGCCUGGGGCACCACACCUGCAAGCUGGCUGUCACCCCUACAUACACCGUCACCCCCCCGAUCACCCUCCCUACCACGAAGACCCCAAUCAACAUUGCAAUCUACGCGAGAAAUAAGGUGAAUCAAGGAGGAAGACCCUAGGCGUGUUUUGCUGUUGUUUGUGUUAGUAACUGCUUUUUAUUUUAUGGAAAUACAGAAAAGAAGUACA